GUUGGAGUGGUGACUCGAUAACACUCGGACCAUCGUCGCGUUGUUGCUGUGACCAAUCGAAUCCCUCGCUCUGAACAGACAUGAUGUGGUCCCGCGCAGUAGUGACACGCGUGCAGGCUCUGUCCAGGACAUUCACUUCCUCGUAUGCCAAGCCCUAUACGGUGCCAGAAGGGCCAUGGGGUGCCAACAGGGCCGCCCGGCUGGAGAUGGCUGUGGCUUACAGGGGCUUAGACCAGCUGGGGUUGAAUGAGGGCGUCUGCAACCACCUGAGCGUGAUGGCCCCAAGGGCAGAUGGCCAAGGGGAGGCCAUGAUGGUCUUCCCUUAUGGACUGCACUGGAGCGAGGUGACAGCAAGCAACCUGGUGAUGGUGGACGGUGACGCCAAGAUGGUUGAGGGAGACACAGAACCCGAACUCGCUGCCUCUUGCAUCCACCUGGGUAUUCGCAAGGUUCGCCCCGAUGCCAAGGUGGUCAUGCACACGCACCAGCCCUAUGUCACGGCUUUAAGUUGUCUCAAGGACCCGCGUUUGUUGAUGUGUCAUCAGAAUUGCCUGAGAUUCUAUGAUCGGGUCGCUUAUGAUAACGAAUACAGCGGGACGGCUAUCGCGAUCGAGGAGGGAAAGAGACUCGGCCGAAUGCUGGGUGACAAGGACAUUCUGUUCAUGGGCCAUCACGGCGUCGUCUCAGUUGCUUCGACCAUUGCGAUGGCAUUCGACCACCUCUAUUACCUGGAACGUUGCGCAGAGCUCCAGAUCCUAGCGCUGGCGACGCAGAAGGAGGUGGAGCUGAUCCCGGAGGAGCACUGCCAGCCCAUGUCCGACGUCUUCUGGAGGGACAUGCAGAAGUACGCGGACGCCCAUUUCUACUCCAUGUACCGGCGACUGCGGAAAACCCAGCCAGAUUUCGAGCUGUAGAUGGCUCUUGCUCUAUAAUAAAUUUGGUCUUGUUAUGGACCAACAAAUCUAUAUAA